AUGGAGGAAAUUAGAAGAGCAAUGCACAAUAUUCCCCUUGCAUUAGCCCUUGCAGCUUUGAUCUUAGCAUCCUUCAUGGCCACUGAAGUUGAUGGAUAUCGACCUCUGUACGAUGCUCCUGAAGGUCCUGAUCCUAUCCAUAACGAAGAAAGGUUUAGCUUUAAGCCUCUGCACGAUGCACCUGAAGGUCCUGAUCCUAUCCAUAACGAUGCAUACUUUAAGCCUCUGCACGAUGUUCUUGAAAAUCCUAAUCCUAUCAACAACGGAGAGGGGUUUAACUUCGAUCCUCUGCAAGAUACUCCUGAAGCUCCUAAUCAUUUCCAUAACGAAGAAAGAUUUAACUUUAAGCCUCUCCACGAUGUUCCUGCAGGUCCUAAUCCUAUUAACAACGGAGAAGAGUUUAACUUUAAGCCUCUGCACGAUGUUCCUGAAGGUCCUAAUCCUAUCAACAACUAA